UCUGCUCCCCAGGGUUUGUAUUUGGUUUACCACCCUGUCCAGCUGGGCACAGCUAAUGCCAUAGGGAUCUUGAUGUUGGGCUUGAUCGGCUAUUACAUCUUCAGAAUGACCAACCACCAGAAGGACCUCUUCCGUCGUACAAAUGGCAACUGCAAGAUAUGGGGGAAGAAAACAGAGUAUAUUGAGUGCUCCUACAUGUCUGUGGAUGGGACCAAGUACUACAGCAAACUGAUGACCUCAGGAUUUUGGGGAUGGGCACGCCAUUUUAACUACACAGGAGAUUUGAUGGGCUCCCUGGCCUCUUGCCUGAGUUGUGGGUUUGAACACAUCUUGCCUUACUUCUACAUUGUUUAUAUGACUAUUCUACUAACCCACCGUUGCAUUAGGGAUGAACACCGUUGUUUCAACAAAUACGGGAAGGACUGGAAGCGCUACACUACUGCAGUGCCUUACCGGCUCAUACCAGGAAUAUUUUAA